AAAGGUGCAGCAGCAGCAACAAGCUGGAGUUCAAAGUUAGCAGUAAAUUGCACAACUUCCAGCUCAUCGCUACGCUCGGUGACUAUUAACAAGCUGGAAGGCGCUCAGGGAAAAAAAUAGGGGAGAAGGGAACACCCUCGAAUUGUUUGGGGAUCGCUGAUGUUAUGCCGCUGGGAUCAUGGCUCCUUUUGGAAGGAAUUUAUUAAAAACCCGGCAUAAAACCAGGUCUCCCAGCAAGGACAUGGCUUCAAAUGAAAGAGAGAUUGUGGUUUGGGUUUGCCAGGAGGAGAAGAUUGUAUGUGGCCUGACAAAGCGCACAACUUGCUCAGAAGUGAUUCAAGCACUGCUUGAGGAGCAUCAGACAACAUUUGGAGAGAAAAAGGUCCUUUUUGGAAAACCUAGUGAUUACUGCAUCAUAGAAAAAUGGAGAGGCUCGGAGCGAGUACUGCCUCCCUUGACAAAGAUUCUGAGACUUUGGAAGGCCUGGGGGGAAGAGCAGUCUAAUUUGCAUUUUGUGUUGGUAAAGUCAGAUGCCUUCCUCUCGUUUCCAUUGUGGAAGACAGCUGAAGCCAAGGUAAUACAAAAUGUAGAAAAACAGUGGGACCUCAGCCCAGCAAAUUACAUGAAGAUGUUGCCAAUAGACAAGCAAAAGAAAAUUGUGAGGAAGACUUUCCGGAAACUGGCCAAGCUUAAACAGGACAGUGUUCAGCAAGAGAGAGACAAUAUGGAGACACUAAUUCAUCUGAUAAUUUCUCAAGAUCAUACCAUUCAUCAACAAGUCCUUAGAAUGAAGGAACUAGAUAUGGAAAUCGAAAAAUGUGAAGCAAAAUUCCAUCUAGAUCGUGUGGCCAAUGACGGAGAAAAUUACGUGCAGGACUCCUACUUAAUGAUCAAUCCAACUGAGGCUGAGCAGCAAAGGAGUAGGCCAGAUGAUCAAAGAGAAAUGCAUGAGUAUUUGAGCAAAAGUGAGGGCAUUUUACAGGUUGAAGAGAGAUUGAAACAUCACAAACAAUUAAUAGAGAACCUGUGCGCUGAAAUUGAAAAAGAGGUACAAGGUAUAUGCACGGAAAAAAAUGUAGAUGAUAUUCACACAGAAGUAGCUGCUAAUGCUGAAUUGGAAAACUCAAGUUUAGAAAGUGUAAAAUAUGAGCUGGAAAAAAGUAUGAAAGAUGGUCUAAGAAUCAACUCAUACCUGAGCUGCAUUCAGAAAGAACUUACAUACAGGGACUCACUGCUUCAAAAGAAGGAAAAAGAAUAUGAACUUCUUACCGAAGAAUUUAAUUUACUACAUGUUAAAGACAACGUUGAAACUAGGCUUCAAUCAAAUGAAGAGCCAUCCAAGGGCAGUGGCAUCUCCAGUAACAGCACUGCUGUUCCUGACUUUGUUCAUAGAGUGACUAAUCUGGACAUAAAUGAUACAGACUCUGAUACUGGAAUAAGCUCUACACACAGUCAGGACUCUGAAAUAACCUCAGGGGAGAUGGUACUGUUGUCAACAUAGUUGAAAACAGUCAUGCAUUUAUGAAAGGUCAUAUUUUGAGGAUAUUUAUAAGGAUUAGUAAAUCUUUUUGUCUUAAAAGUUAUGCUCUUCAAGAUGUUAAAACUGUGGCACCGCUUUAGCAAAGUAAACAGUGUCUAUUUAUGUCCUUAAUAGUAUACUUGUACUGAAAAUCAUGUGCAGUAUCAUGGGUUAACUGCUGAUAGGUGCAAAGUUGUUGGCUUUGCUACAUCAAGACAGACUGCUUACAUCUUGUAAUAUUGAUAAUUAGUGAAACAGGAGCAUUCUGACUGUCUUGGCCCAAAAAUUUGGAGAUUUGAUUUCCUUUGAUCUUUGGGUCCACUCCUGCAUCUCUCUAACUUUUUAGGAACAUGAAGUAGAGUUUAGAGCAAAUUAGACAGAGAGUUUUAUUUUCUACUCUGUUACAUUAGCUUUAUUCAGAUGGAGUUUCCCUGCCAUGAAGCUGCUGUAAAGGAAUAUAUAAUUGAGCAUGUAAUCUGUUAAAAAAUAGUUUUUAUGAUAUUGUAGGACAAAAGAAAUAUAACUGUAUUUAUGUUGUAUUUUUAAAUUUAGUUUCAUCAGGAUAUUUUCAAAAACUCCUAAGUCCCAUUUUAAAAAUUACCUUACACACAUAGGUUUUGAAUUUUGAUUCUCUUUCGGUGGCACUUACCUGCUUUUAAGAUUCUUAAACCCCCUACUUAUCAGCUGUUACCCCGUAGUUGCCUCAGUGAUUUUUAAGUCCACAUAGUUUCUGCCAGCAGGCAUGUCAGAACUGCUUAUGUCCUGCUUGUGCGAGAUGCUCAAAUCGCAAACUCAUGCUUAACCCCAGGGGCAUUUUCAGAAAGCAAGGUUUUCUCCUGACUAUCUCAAUGGUUGGAUCCAGUGUCUUAAGCCUCCUCUAAAAAUGACUACCAAACAAAGCGUAGCAGAAGUGACAGGCUGGAACAAGACAUUUUUGUCUCUGGCUAAACACUUUACCAAUAGCCACUUAGUUACCAUUUUCACAUAGCAGGUAGGUUGUCAAAUCCCAUCUCAUGUUUUGGAGCAGGAACCUGUAAAUCCUACUUCCUCAGUAAGGAUUUUGGGAUACAGGUAAAACUGUCCACUUUAUAUAGCUAAUUAAAUAUUGGACCCCAGGUAAAAUUAAAAAAAAAAAAAAAGAGAGAAUGCAAAACAUGAGAAUUUUACGACUAUGUGAUUAAGUUAAAUGAUUUCAUUUAAGAUGUAGUAGUUGAUCCCAAAUCCUUCUCCAGCACAUUGCUGUAAAUACGAAACAAAGCUGUAGAACUGAGAUGCUCUCCUCAGUUGCCAAACAAGAUAUCUAACUCUGAGCUAGAGACUCUGCUAAUAGAGAAUACACGCAUAAUUUCUGGGUUGCCAUGUUUGUGUUUUGCAGAUCAAUCUGUUUAAUGCUUCUGAUUAAAAGAAUUGAAUGGAGAAAUAAUUGCAGUGUUUUUAAAAAAUGUUCAGCUGCAAAAUUCAGAUAGAUCCUGGAAUCAACAGCCUACAAAGUAAACAAAUGGACAGUACUUAGAAGGUAUAAAUGUAAAAUACUUUCAGAUACACUGCUUUCUCCUUCUGUAAUUUUCUUCUCUUAAAAGUCUGUCAACCGUCUGUUUUCUAAAAUGACCAAAGUGCUAGGACUGCUGAUUAGCACAUAUUUGAUGCAGAAAAACAAAACAAAAAGAAGAAAAAAAUUUCUAAAAAGGAAAUUUUUCUUUUUUGCUGUUGCUGCUGUGGCUUGGUUUUUGUUUUUUUGGGAGGUGUGGUUUUUUUUUAUUUUUUUUUUUAAUCCUGGAUAUUAUAAAUAGGUUUUGUUCCAACAAAGUGUGCUAGUCACCUUAAUAUAUUUUGUGUUGUAUUUUUGUCAUACAAUGCUAUUUUAAUGCUUCAAUAAUAGUGUGUAAUACUUAGACUCAUCAGCUUCUGAUGGAAACACGUGUAUCAAAUAUAUUAUCUUGUCUUUGUAAUAAUUUAUUAACGCAACUCUGCAUCUUUUGACCUCUGUGGUAUCACUCUGACAAGUAGUAAGCACAGAGCUCUGAAUGCUGAGAGUAGGCUAACGUAUUCUAUGAGUUCUUGUUAGUUUAGUUAACAGGUAUUUCUACUGAGUCAUUUUUUUAUAUCUAAAUACUUAGAGGAUAGAGAGUUGAAACAGAAUAAUAUUCACAGCUGUGCAGACUAGAACAAGACCCAUGGGGGAGCUAAUUUCCACUCAUACUCUACCAGAUUUAUUUCACUCAUAAGAACUUGUGUGAGUUCUCACAACUGAUCUUUAUCCACACUAUGUGGUUGAUUGUACC